AUGUCUCUUCAAAACAACCAACAAAACCACUCAGAUCAAAGCCUAUUUCAUGUCGAAGACUUCCUAACUGAUGAGGAAACUUUUUCCUCUGGAAGUUCUUCUACCCCACUACCUCUAGAGCACGAUUCUGCAUCUAUCAAGCUAGCCAAGUUACUUGCUUUUCAAGACUCUAUUCCCCAGUCAAAAGAAAAGGGAAUAUAUAUUGGCUUUGGGCAAAGAGGUGAUGAAGACUCUCAACAAACUAUUUCUGAGCUAAAACAAGAGAUCGUGAUUUUGAAGCAGGAGUGCAUUCAGAAGGAUUUGUUGAUUGGUAAUUUGGAUGUGAGAGUUUCUGAACUUGAAAAGGAAAAUUCUCAAAAGACUUUAGAGACAUUUGAAAGAGUCGAGGUUCGUCCUGCCCCAGAUUCUAACCUUGAUCAAAUUUUGUCUUCUGGCCCUGCCACAGCUGAAGAAAGAAAGGAGAAGUAG